UCAGAUCCUCCAGUCGGUCACCGUACGUGUAAAGACUCUAGCAAAUUCAAAUAUUUCCUUCUACUCUUCUGGCCCUUUAUGCUAAUGAUUGCAUGCCUUAUCCUCGCCAUCAAAACAAGAAAACUACCUGAAGGCAUGAACGAUUCACGUGAAAUCAUGUACUGCUCUUUCACUUCCUUUAUCAUCUGGUUAGCGUUUGUACCUCUGUAUGCUUUCUCCACAACUAUUGCUGCACGAGUCAUCUCUCUUUGUGUUUCAUUGUUCAUUCAUGCGACAGCUUUUCUCAGUUGUCUUUUUCUGACAAAAAUCUACAUCGUGGUCUUUAGACCAGAGAAAAACAACAAAGACCGUGUAAUGAGAAGUACAGCUGCCAGUCCUAGCAAGACUCCUAACACAUAUAGUGGUAAUCAUCAAAACAAUGGGUUACAGUCGACAAGAAAAGAGGAACAUUCAAACAAAUCGAACGAUUACACCGUAGAGUAUUCACAAUUUAAAGAUGACUUAGGACCUGAUAAUAUCCUCUCAACAGAUAAAGUAUAUGUAUCCACCUUUAACAGUAGAGGAUUCCAAGCAGGAGAUGGAAUUGUUGAGAUUAUGGAAGUUAACAAAAACUCUAUCCACAACUCCGAGGCAUAAAUCAAUUUAUGCUUUAAAGGAACACGGAUUUGAAGUGUACCAUCUUUUCC